AGAUUUUUCCACUUUUUUUUCUACUGGAACUUGUUUCUCUGCGCUCUGUAUCCGCACGGAGAGUUUAGAUGUCGGACCCUGGUUGUGUGAGAGUCAAUGCUGGUACCCAAUGACGCACAACUGUAGACAUUCUGAACCUAUGCAUCUUUAUUGAGUUUCUGUUUUUCAUAUUCCCCACAAUGAAUUCACUGGUGUCUUAUGAUGAUUCUGAUUCAGAUACUGAGAGAACAGAACAUUUAAAAGCCUUUCCUAAAGAACAUUCUGUAAAAAGCUUUGCUAUGUCUUUUUCAUCGAGAGUUUAUGAAAAUGACGAUCUUUCAAAGGACAGGACUUCUAACAUGUGCAGUGGCCUUUCUAGUACCAACAAGGACAUCAAUAAGGCUGACUGUCAUAAUCAUGCAAAAACCUAUUUUUCUGGUGCAUACUCUACUCCCUCAGUUAAUGCUACAACUUCUUUUGCCAGUGCCUUAAGGGAUACUAAGAGACCGGCAAGUGAUGCUGCAGACAGUAAUACAACUGUUAAACCUUAUAUACCAAAACGACUGAGACAGGAACAGCUGCACAAUAAUGACAGUGUGGGGAAAGUAGAUACAGUAAGUCAUACACAGUUUUCAAAAAGCAUUGCUUUGGAAAAUGUGUAUAGAGUCUCUGACUACCUGAAACCUUUCUUGCUUUCAAAAUAUACUUCCACUGAAAUUCCAAGAAAUCUGGUGUUUCAGAUGAAUGAGCAUACAGGGCCAGUGAAUAGGGUCCAGUGGUGUCCUGUACGGCAACACAGCCACCUUCUCCUAUCUGCAUCAAUGGACACAACUAUCAAGAUCUGGAAUGGUGUUGAUUCAGGAAAGUGUUUAAACACUUUCUCACACCACAGUGGGGCAGUUCGUGAUUCACAGUGGUCUGCAUGUGGCCAAAAAAUCCUGAGUGGAGGAUUUGAUUCCAUGCUAUAUUUGACAGACGUUGAAACAGGCAAAGCAUUGUUUAAUGCAAGAAAUGAAUUUAAGAUUGGAGUAGUUCGGUUUCACCCAAAUGAUCAUAAUCUUUGUGUAUGUGGUGGAUUUUCUCCUGCGCUGAGAGCCUGGGAUAUGAGGACAGAUAAGGUGAUCCAUAUAUACAAAGCUGGGGUGCAACAACAUUUUGAAGUCCUCUUUCUUCCGGGAGGGAAAGAAUUUCUUAGCACUACGGACUCUGUGAGUCGUGAUUCAGCAGACCGCACAAUCAUUGCUUGGGAUUUCCAAACUGCUGCAAAAAUCUCCAAUCAAAUUUUCCAUGAGAGAUACACAUGCCCGAGUCUUGCUUUGCACCCAAAAGAAAGUAUAUUUGUUGCACAAACAAAUGGAAACUACAUGGCUCUGUUUUCUACCCAGCGCCCAUACAAAAUGGAUAAGAAAAAGAGAUUUGAAGGACAUAAGGUGGAAGGAUUUGCUGUGGGAUGUGAGUUCUCUCCCGAUGGAUCUCUUCUAGUGACAGGAAGCUCAGAGGGCACAGUUUCCUUCUACAGUUACCAUACUGCCAGAAUUGUCCGCUCUAUAUCUGGUGAUGGCAGCGCUUGCAUCAGCGUCAAUUUCCACCCUGUUCUCAGUUCACUUCUUGCAACAUCUUACUGGGAUGGGCAAAUCCGGAUAUGGCAGUAACUACAUAUAGUGCUGGUACAGUUGGAAAGAAUAUGUGGUGCUCCGCCAUAUUGUACUAUAUUACAGGAGCUGUACUGUACAUUUCCUUCAUGCAACAUGUUCAUGAAGUUGCACAUAUUUAGUUGGAUACAAUAUAUUGCAAAUAAUCUUAUUCUAGAAUACACUCAAAGAGCAAACCCUACAGAAACAAAAUAAAGAAUUUAAAACACUUUUGUCUUAAGUACAUUUCCAAAUCAAAUCCCUGAAAAGAUAUAAAUAGACUGUAUGUGGCUCUCUAAAUGGUGGGUAAAUACCUACUUCCUGCACUUAUCCUUUUUUUUUUUUUUUUUUUAAAUGGAUGGGAUUUGACCCCUAAGAAGAUGUUUUCCAUUAAUAUUUAAUGUUAUUCCAUUAAUAUUUGAAAAUCCCCUUGGCCUAGAUUAUAGGGGACAGGGACUUAUAUAAUUGUGAUAUGACAAGCUAAAUGGGACUGUAAAUGGAAUUCAUAAUAGCAGGGUCACCUUCCCAGGUAUUUUUAUAAGUUGUACAGAGUAAUUUGAGUAAUCUGAUAGUAAUGAAGAUUCUGUUUUGCCAGCAGGUAAAGGAUCAGACAGUAAAUGGAAAAAAUGCUAAAAUUAUACUUUAUGUUGAUAUUAUAUUUUCCAGUAGUCCUUUGACACUUUUAAGCUAAGAAAGUCUUAGGAAGUUUGACAAAAGCUUCUUGAUUCUGCUUGGAUUCUUAAUCUGACAAUAAAGGAGAACUGUCAUGAAAAUGAAAAUAUAAUAUAAGCUUUAUCAUACUGAAAUAAGAGAUGUCCUAUAUAUAAUCAAUUUAAAAUUCUAUACUAUUCCUGAAAUAAUCAAGUUACUCUUUACUAUCUCCCUCUCAGCAUCGGUCUCUCUUCAUUCUUUCUUCAUGCAGGAGUUAGAAUCCACAUUUUGAUUGACAGGUCUAUUUCAGCCUUUGGGGGUGCUCCUUUUGCCUAGAAGGUGAUUUAGAGUUUACUAUUUUAAAAUUACCAGAAAUCCUGUCUCUCUAUGUAAGACAAGAUUUGUGCCACAGUCAGUUAUUUUAUUAGAUUUUGUUUGUGCUGCAUUCAGUUAUUUGAAUUAGCUCUGUGGUAGGAAAGGUAGCCCCAUAUCAAAACCUGACUCUGACCUCUGUUUAUAGAGAAAAACAGAGAGAAACAUAUACUAAGGGAGAUAGUGAAGAGUAACUUGAUUAUUUCAGAUAAGGUACAGAAUAAUGAAAUAGCUAUAUUUAGAAAUUUAAUUUAUUUGUGAUGUAAAGAAGGACUUGACAGUUUUAAGUAAAAAUUUGCUUUGUCUUCAUAAUAUAACUCAUAUUUUGCUCCUAUAAUCUAAACCAUAUAUAAUACAAUGUUUUUAUGUGACACCUUGCUUCCUCAUUUACCCAUGUGAGUUCAUUAUACUGAAGUCAAGUCAUUAUAUUCUGCAUUUAGAAACCGGAUAUUGAACACCUGAGAUUUGUCUCCAAUUUAAAUGUUUCUGUGGCACCCAAAGGUAAAUGGCAGUUUAUAUUUUAACUAUCUAGAGUGACAGAUUAAUAGCACCAUAUUAUAAGCAUAAUAACAAGUUCUUGUAGUUACUACUUGACUUGCCCGUGGUUAUAUAUAUGCUCCAAUUUGUGUUUUCUCAAGUUUAGCAAGUUUAUCAGAAAAAUAGAGAAGUAAGACACAAAAACACAGACAUAAAGAUACAAAUGGGUAAAAUAGUACGAUGUAUCAAAGUGAAUUUAGUAACAGAAAAAAGGAGGGGAAAGACAGAUUCACAAACAGGUACAACUACAGUUGCACAAAGUCUGGUUGUUUUGCAGAACUUGGAACUAUUCACAUCCUGCUAAUAAAGCUGGAUGCUAAGUAACACAAUCCAGUUUGGCUGUUCAGCAUGUUGAACCUAAGUCCAACGGAUCAUGUCGAAUCACACUUCUUUUUCAGACAGUCGAAUGUAUUACUUAUAUAUCAGAGAACUCUAAUUUACCAAUAAGGUAAAGAAACCUGUUCAUAUAUAUAUAUUUAUUUAUAAUGUUCAAUAUGGUGUUUUAUGUACAAUGUGAAUUUGUAUUACUGGCUCUUUAAGGUUUUCUUCUCCCAAGACACCAGGGCAGCAGAGCAAAAAGGAAUCUUCACAGCCAAAACCCUUUGUAGAAAAGGUGAUGGGAUGAGACUGGCUGACAAUUUUCUGAAUAGGAAGGUCAAAUGUAUCAGCUACAGCUCUAGCAAGAAUCUAAUUAGGCCCAAAGGAAAUCUAUGUUCUGGCACAAUUUGCAGCAUUUCUUUCUCUAAAGGUUGUAAGGCAUUGAGAGCAUUUCAAAGCUAUGUGGAAUUCAGCAUUAAUGAUUUGCUAAAGUAUUUACCCUUCAAAUGUAAAUGAAUAGGCCACUGUGCCCAAAAUAGAAGGCAAAUUGAUUUUUUUAUACUUCGGAUGUGUUGUUUGGCAGUCCUAUUAAUCCCAUUUAUAUUAUAAUACAAAAUUUCUGCAUUUUUAGCAUUCUCUUGGCAAAAGAUUAUACUGCUCAGGCGCAUAGGGGCUUCUCUAUUAACAUUACGCCUUUACACCUGGCACCAUGCCAGCACACAGAAUGCAGGAGAGAUGCUGCCAGCUCAGUGUGGUGCCAUAGGUACAGGCCACAUAGGGAAGAAUGAACUCUGUUAACCUCCUAAUUUCCUAGUGGAGUAACGCACUGCUGAGGAAGCACAAGUAAACACUUGAGAGCCCUUAAUUGGAUUAAAUUGUUUGAAUGGAGUCACGUGCCUGCACAGAAAUGCUGAAGCAGGUUAAGAUGGCACAAGCUGGUUGUUAUUAGUAAGUUUAAAAUUGCAGAAAAAAAUGAUCAAUAUAUUCCAACAUAACUUAUUAUCUUGAUCAUAGAUACUCAAUACAGAGGCAUCUUUUGUAAAAAUGCCGUUUUGGAAAGUUUUUGCCCUGGAGUGGCCUGAUACAAAGGGGCCAUACGAGCCCUGAUUUAGUGAAACUGUUUGGUUUGUUUUGUGCCAGUCACACUAAUAUGGGUUAAUGAAUGCUGUGUGUGUGUUGCCAUGUUUGUGGGAACUGGAAUUUAAGUUGGGUGCUGUUCAUGCCACAUUUUGCAUCUAAUGAAGAGAGCCCCCCAAAACCUUUCUGUCAGCGUCAUACAUUUAACAUUUGCUGUUCUAGUUACAUUUGUUUGGAUUAAAAUGCUUUCUAUUAAAGUUAUAA